GCUAGGCGGGCGGCGCCGAUAUUCUGCGUCACCACCUGGGCGGGGCCGUUCUGCUGCUGACGACAUCAACCCGGCACCUGCCAACAUGGAAGGCAGCGAUGGCAGCGUCGCUGUGGCUGGCCUCGGGGCUCGAGGCUCUGGAGCGGCUGCAGCGACAGUCCGGGAACUUCUGCAGGACGAGUGUUAUAGUGACUUUUUAAAUGAAGACUUUGAUGUAAAGACUUAUACUUCACAAUCUAUUCAUCAAGCUGUAAUUGCUGAACAACUAGCAAAACUUGCCCAAGGAAUCAGUCAGUUGGACAAAGAACUACAUUUACAGGUUGUUGCAAGACAUGAAGAUUUACUGGCACAAGCAACUGGGAUUGAGUCGUUGGAAGGUGUUCUUCAGAUGAUGCAGACGAGAAUUGGGGCUUUACAGGGAGCUGUUGAUAGGAUAAAAGCAAAAAUUGUUGAUCCAUACAAUAAGAUAGUUGCCCGUACUGCACAACUAGCAAGACUUCAGGUUGCCUGUGAUUUGCUUCGGAGAAUUAUUCGUAUCUUGAAUCUCAGUAAGAGACUCCAAGGACAACUGCAAGGGGGAAGUAGAGAGAUAACAAAAGCUGCUCAGAGUCUCAAUGAACUUGAUUAUCUUUCUCAAGGAAUAGACCUUUCUGGAAUCGAGGUGAUAGAAAAUGAUCUACUUUUUAUUGCAAGAGCCCGACUUGAAGUGGAAAAUCAAGCUAAGCGCCUACUAGAGCAGGGUUUGGAGACUCAGAACCCAACUCAAGUCGGAACAGCUCUUCAGGUUUUCCAUAAUCUUGGAACUUUGAAGGAUACUAUUACCAAUGUUGUGGAUGGAUAUUGUGCUACUUUAGAAGAAAAUAUCAACAGUGCAUUAGACGUAAAAGUUUUGACUCAGCCUUCCCAGUCAGCUUUGAGAGGGGGUCCUGGACGAUCUACCAUGCCAACCCCAGGAAAUACUGCCGCUUUGCGUGCUUCACUCUGGACCAAUAUGGAGAAACUUAUGGAUCAUAUUUAUGCUGUUUGUGGACAGGUACAACAUCUACAAAAAGUACUGGCCAAGAAGAGAGAUCCUGUUUCUCACAUUUGUUUCAUUGAAGAAAUAGUUAAGGAUGGACAACCUGAAAUUUUCUACACAUUUUGGAAUUCAGUUACUCAGGCACUUUCUUCUCAGUUUCAUAUGGCAACAAACUCUUCUAUGUUUUUGAAGCAGGCAUUUGAGGGAGAAUACCCCAAAUUAUUACGUCUUUAUAAUGACUUGUGGAAGCGUCUUCAACAAUAUGGUCAGAAUAUCCAAGGGAAUUUUAAUGCCAGUGGAACUACAGACCUCUAUGUUGACCUACAACUCAUGGAAGAUGAUGCACAAGAUAUAUUCAUACCAAAAAAGCCGGAUUAUGAUCCAGAAAAGGCUUUGAAAGACUCACUACAACCCUAUGAGGCUGCUUAUCUAUCAAAAUCCUUAUCUCGACUCUUCGAUCCUAUCAACUUGGUUUUUCCCCCAGGUGGUCGUAAUCCUCCUUCCUCUGAUGAACUUGAUGGUAUCAUUAAAACUAUAGCAAGUGAACUAAAUGUUGCUGCGGUUGAUACAAACCUCACAUUAGCUGUGUCAAAAAAUGUGGCAAAGACCAUCCAGUUAUACAGUGUAAAAUCAGAGCAGCUUGCUAUUCAUGCUCUUAUGGAAAAUGCUGUGCAACCCUUACUCACUUCUGUGGGAGAUGCUAUAGAGGCCAUAAUCAUCACCAUGCAUCAAGAAGAUUUUUCUGGGUCAUUACCCAGCUCAGGAAGACCUGAUGUUCCUUGUUCUCUGUACAUGAAGGAGCUACAAGGAUUCAUUGCCAGAGUUAUGAGUGACUAUUUUAAACACUUUGAAUGCUUGGAUUUUGUCUUUGACAACACUGAGGCUAUUGCCCAAAGAGCAAUUGAACUUUUUAUCCGCCAUGCCAGUCUCAUAAGACCUCUUGGUGAAGGUGGGAAAAUGCGACUUGCUGCUGAUUUUGCACAGAUGGAGUUGGCUGUGGGUCCAUUCUGUAGACGAGUAUCUGAUUUAGGAAAGUCCUAUCGGAUGCUGAGAUCAUUCAGACCUCUCCUCUUCCAAACAAGUGAACAUGUAGCCAAUAGUCCUGCACUGGGGGAUGUGAUUCCGUUCAGCAUCAUUAUUCAGUUUUUGUUCACGAGAGCACCUGCUGAGCUGAAAUCUCCUUUCCAGAGGGCAGAGUGGUCCCACGCACGCUUCUCUCAGUGGCUAGAUGACCACCCAUCUGAAAAGGACAGGCUCCUCCUCAUCAGGGGAGCCCUGGAAGCUUACGUUCAAUCAGUGAGAAGUAGAGAAGGCAAAGAAUUUGCACCAGUUUAUCCCAUAAUGGUUCAGCUGCUUCAAAAAGCUAUGUCUGCUCUUCAGUAACAGUAUGAAAUCUUUGUUCAUCUCCACUUUGUGCUAACCCAUUCAUAGUUGGCAGUUAACACAUAUUCCAAAAGAUAGCUAUUGUCCACUGUUUUAAGAAUGUAAUUGAUUGUUCUGUAUUUCCUAUUGAUCUUUAUUUACCUCUUUAGCACUUUAGCAUAAAAUUGUCAUGAUCACAUCCUUUUAAUUUCAUGGACCUGAUUUUUCCAGAAAGUUUUCUGCUUUCAGAUUUUUGUGCAAGGCUAAAAUUUCUUUCCCAUCCAUAACUGAGUCCUCUUAUGCGUACAUAUACCCAAAGUCCCCACUUCUUUUAAAAGGAUAUGAUCAAGUUAUAUAUUCUGCUUCCCCCAGCCCUGCCUUCUUCACUAAAUAAGCACGUAGCUCAGUGGCUUCCAAACUUAGCUGCAUGUUCAUAUCAUCAGGGGAGUUUUUUAAAAAUUCUGAUGCUCAAGUUGCACUCCAUAUUAAUUAACAUGUGAGUGGGAGCCUAACACCAGUAUCAAAAAAAAAAAAAAAAAAAAAAAUCCCCAAAGUGAUGCCAAUAGACAACAAAGUUUAGGAACCACUGGCACAUCUCAAAGCUAAGAUCCAGGGUUAAACAGCCUUAAGAUGUCAUACUGGAUCUUUAAAUAAAGGAAGGCUUUCGUUAUACUUUGUCAUGGUAUUAAAAGCAGACCUUUGGGGCUGUUUAACCUUGUAACAAAGAUGCCACGUGAAAAGUAAACAUUUUUAUUCUGUAGCGAAAUAGUAGGUAAUCUAAGGCCUUAUUUUCUGAUUGACUGCUCUUGUUCCACUAUUAAGUUUUAAUUUUUGAAAUCCCAUCAUCACUCUUAAUUAGCAGUGUUAGGAACCCGCCUUGUUUUCCAUCUCCUGAAUCUGAGAACUCAUAAAAUUCAGCCAAUUAAUCAGCAGAUGUCAGAGAUAAGCAAUUUUUUUUCAAUUUAUUUGAAAUAAUAUACAAGAAUAUAGUGUGCAAAAUUUAGGGGCAACAUCAUGAAGUGUAAUAAUGAACUGAAAUCAAUUUUACAGCUGUGAUUCCUAACCAGAAACACCACUUGGUAAGUAACAUGAAAAGCCAUGAUUGUAGCUCAGAGCAAAAGCAGCUGUAUUGCCAAUGUAUUUGCUCUAAUUUUAGACAGUUGGAGGAAAAUUAAAGUGCAAGUGUUGCACUGCAAUAAGUGCAAAGUCUGCCCCCACCAUAAAGAUUAUGAUGACAAAAUAUAUUUAAGAUACAUGGCUGAGGAGAUAUAGAACACAAAGUUAAAAAAUACAAUGGUGUUGACUGUUAAUAGCACCAUUACAGUGACUAUAUCCCAAUGCUAUUAACUAACUUUACCUUGGCCUGGGCUAGGUCUGGGUUGGAAAUAAUGGAUGGCUGCUGCCACCUGGUGCAUCAACUCAGCAUGCCAUGGUAACUGCAGCACGUGGCUCUUAGGCUAGGGCACCAACCCCAGCCACCUGCCACAUGUUCUGGUAGCCUCUUGGCACGGACCAGACUAGGAGCGCCUACGUUUGGCACAGAUGCCGAGCCAUGUGGUGGUUACUUGAGGAAAGGCCGACUCCCAGCUUCUGCUUCAUUCCAUCAUGUGUUCAAUACAGAUUAAUAAGCAGUAAGGAGCCAAUGUAUAAACAGCAGUUACAUAUUUUUUUAAAUUCCCCUUUCGUACAAUUUAAAAUAAAACAGGUAUACACUU